AUGCCUGCAAUCCUCCUUCCUGCGCUGCUGCAUGGCAUUUUCACGGUCCUAUGCUUCGGCUCUCUUGCUACCCUCUUGAUCAAGCACCUUCGCCCCAAGCAUAACCCUAUAUCUAAUUUUUCCGGCAUAACUACUACAUUUCUUACUAUCGCCCUCCUCAUCUUACUUGUGUCGUCCACGGUAUAUUUCGUCAUCAACAGUAUUUCCGCGACCUAUGUCGUGUUGUCCUUCACCCAGUUUGACUUUAACAAACUGGUGACGAGCGACUUGAAGGGCUUUGUCUCUCUAACAAGCUGGUUCAGGGCUGAUCUCCUUGACUAUUGGGGCACAUUGUCCGACUGUACCGGAACCGUCUCACUAACUAUCAACAUUCUGAUUGGAGACGCGAUUGUAUGGUGGCGGGCGUGCGUGGUAUGGCCCCGCAAUUGGCCCGUGCGGGUGCUUGGCUUCACACUCCUGACCGCGACGUUUGUCACUGGCAUGCUGGACAGCUCUCGUACUUGUGCUCCCCUCACGAAUGGCAAUAUCGACUCCGACCCUUCCGGUAUCUUGUACCAGGGCAGUGACUACGGUGUCGCUGCAACCGGGCUUUCCCUGGCGACAAACGUUCUGGCUACAAUCCUCGUCGCUUACAAAUUCUGGGACUAUCGGAAUGUACUGCGGGAAUACGUUGUGGUUGGCUCUCAGGUCAUGCGCCUUGAGAAGGCAUUGGCGAUGGUCCUCGAGUCUGGAGUCGCCUAUUGCGCGAUCUGGAUAGUAGUCACUGUCUGGCAGGUGCUCGGGAACUCGAGCAAGUUUGCCAGUGCCUUCGAGAUUCAUCCCCACCCCACGUUUUUCGAGGCUUUCGGAAUAUUUGUUAGCGGUGCGCUCGUCCAUAUGAUCGCAAUAUAUCCCACGCUGGUCAUCGUCCUCGUCGCAUUUGACCGUUCGCAUUUUGAGCUCGGGAUCGCGAGCGGCGAGAAGAGGCUCGUAGGAAGACGACCCACUAUAGACGGGGAAGACGAGGACCUUUCGGACCGCGGGCCAGAAUCCGUUGCUAGCAAGGCCUCUGGCAGCGAUGUUGACUCAACGGAGUCGAAGAGCGUUUGGAUCGCAUGA